UUCUUCCAUACCAAUGGCUGUCAAUCCCCCCAGCAUGUGUCCGCAUUCUCUUCGAGCUUCUGUAGCGCGUUCUUCCCCUGUGGGCACCAGUCCCCUCGUAAGAGAACGAGUCCCCUCCCCUGAUUCCCCUUGGGCCUUGAUUUAG